ACUUGUUAUACUGAAACAAUCUCAACUUGCACUUUGUUAUAAUUUUUAAUAUAAUUAAACCCUACACCAUAUUUCAUUUUACCUCUAGUAAUUCAAUAUAAGCCCCUCCUUUGUUAACCAAAAUUAUCGAUCAAACAGUCCGCAACAGUUUUUAUCGGUGUGUUAAGAUGUCUAAUAAAAGUUGCGACGAAGAACUCAAAAAAACUCAAGAGUUAUUAACAUCAACACUACAAUUAGAACCAAUACAAGCAGACAGAAGGGAGCAACGAUCCUUGCUGGCAACACUUUAUGUGAAGUACAUAAUGGUGGCCAACAGACUAAACGAGUGUGUCGAUCAAAUGGUUCAGCCGCAGAAACGAAUUUUGGUCAGAAAACUUCUGGAAGCCACAUUGGGACGAAUUUUGGAACUGAAAGCUGAUUUGGUGGAAGCUGACAUAAAUGAAUACACCCAUGUCGGUGAUGUAAUAGAGUCUUUAAAAAUAACACCUUUGGAUACCGAACUGGAUGUCCCAGCUUGUUUUAAAAAAGAAAUGACGGAAGACAUAACUUAUAAACAGAAUUUAAUUUACAGCGUCUUGUCGAAAUUUGGCUAUUUGGAAAAAGAGACGAAGAAGGAACCGAUGACCGAACAAGAAGCCAUUCUCAUUAUACAAACACACGAACGUGCCCGACAAGGUAGAUUAAGAGCCCAAUUUAUGAAAGAGAUAAAAGCUAUGAAAGAAAAAAGUAAACCGGUCAUUGGAACUGACGGACAGGACGACGAAGCUAAGCAAGCUGGAAUUGGCAUAAAUUCGGCGCUUAAGAUCCAGAAAAUAUGGAGGGGAUACGUGGCGAGGAGAGCAACAAGGAGACGGAAACUGCAGGAAAUGCUGUUGAUCGGCAUGAUACCUCCACCGAAAACGAAAAAUGUCGAGAUCGAGAAUGAUUUAAUCAACAAAGAGAACAGGAGGAAACUUCAAGAAGUGAGAAAAUUGGAAUACGAAACCAAAGUGAAGGAGAUAAGAGAAGACCUGGAGAAAAAUCAAAGGGGUGCAGUGCUGGAGGCGUUAAGUGAUCAAGUACGAGGAUGGUUGCAUGAAUAUAAAACACAGACUGGCAAAAUUCCAGAAUAUACGGGAUCUGAACGAACAGGAUCUCGAUUAUUAUUAAGCAGACAAGGUACUGAUAGUGAAUUAAGUAAAUCAACGCAGAUUUCAUCACGAGACACAAAAGUGAAGAAAGAUAAAACUAAAACCAAAGAGAAGACGACAAAUGUGGAUGAUGAAGAGCUUUGUAGUAAAGCCAUAGUUUCCACAUACGUUCCAGAGCUUAAUUUAAGAAAAGAAGAAUAUGAUGAAAUAUGGAAAAAUAAAGAUGAAUCUGGUAAUCUCAGACAGUUUGCAUAUAAUGAUAUAAUUGAAAAUGAACAAAUGGCUGACAUGGAAAACGAAUUGCGGAAAGUUGUUGACGAAAUGAUGAGAUCAGAGUUGCAACUGUUGCAGGAAGCAUUCGAAAAAGACAGAGGACAUAAAGUUAAGAAAAAAUCAAGCAAAAAAUCGCGUAAGGGUGGUAAAAAAAGUAAAAAGAAGAAGGAAAAAGAUCUCACACCCGACAGGACGACCGAAUCACUUUUUGAAGAACUAGUUGCAAAUGGUAUUAUUAAGAAUUAUCCUCAAGUAUCCAUAAAAGAUUUCGUUGGAGAAAAAUCAUAUUUCCAUCCGGUUCCAUAUAACAAAAAGAAGGAUCCACCAAUAGAUCUUGGCGAUAUGCGCCAGCUGAUGGUUGAGUACUGCAUUUUACCUUUAUUAUCACCACAACUACAUCAAUCAACACCUCACAUAAAAUCAGUCUUGCUUUACGGAGCUAAAGGAAGCGGAAAGAAGAUGCUAGUGCACGCAAUAUGUAAUGAAACUGGAGCAAUGCUUUUCGAUUUGACUCCAGCGAAUAUAGUUGGAAAAUAUCCAGGAAAGUCGGGACUGAUAAUGCUUAUCCAUUUGGUUGUCAAAGUUGCUAGGUUAUUACAACCCUCUGUUAUUUACAUGGAUUGCGCAGAACGACCAUUUGUAAAAAAAAUUUCAAAAACUGACAAAACUGACCCGAAAAGGCUCAAGAAGGAUUUACCAAAAAUUGUCAAAAAUUUUAGCCCAGAAGACAGGGUCAUUCUGAUUGGAACAACUAACUGUCCAUGGGAAUGCGAUCAGAAACUUCUUCAGCAAGUUUAUCAAAAGAUGUUACGAAUACCCAGACCUAAUUAUUCAUCAAGAUUCAGCUUGUGGAAGCAUCUGUUGAAUCAAUAUCCUGCGGUCGGCUGGCAAUUUGAUACAAGUGUUAUGACUAAAAUAUCUGAUGGUUAUACAGCAGGCUCAAUAAUAACUACAAUGAAUGAAGUUAUGACAGUAAAGAGAACUCUCCAACUUAGGAUACAUCCUUUAAGUCCUUUGGAAUUGGUAAAUGCUUUGUGCAAAAGAAUUCCCGUUUAUAAAGAGGAGGAAGAGGCUUCAGAAAUGUGGUGGGCCAAAGUACCAAUAGUUAAAAGAAGAAACAGAACUGUAGAACAGCUGCUUGAAGAGGAGGCUGAAUUAUUGGCGAAGCAAGCAAAUGCGAAAAAGAAAUAAUAAUGGAAUAUAUUUUCAAUAGUAUAGUAGUAAGAGUAUAAUAAUGGUAUGCUAAAUGUUGUCAAUUAUGUGUUUUUACCAUUAUGAAGCAUUUUAUUUCUUGCAUGCGUAAAAUAUAUAUAUUUUAUUUUUCA